AUGUUACCAACACAAGUAAGAUUAGCACAUGCUUAUAAACCAUUAAUUAAAUUUGUUGGAAAUAAAGCAGCAUUAGUCGAUAUACUAAAAUCACAUAAUUAUGAACAAACAAAACCUCAUCCUUGCACUAUAAAUGGCAUAGCACCUGGAUCCAAAGAUUGUUUAUCUGUUGAUGAUAUUUUAAGCAAACAGUUACCAUUUAAAGUUGUUCCUUAUGUAAACAAAAACCCUGUUACUUCUUCCUCUGAUAAUAAAUAUAAUUUUACUCCAAGAGGCUUAAAAGAAGGUGAAUUAAACUCUAUAUUUGAAUUACCAAAGAAAUAUCAAUAUAAGCCUAUCGAUGAUUUAGAGAUAGAGGCUAUUAAUAACGGUGGAGCCAUAUAA